AUGGUCUGCAUUGGCUUUACCAUUGUGCAGGACCUGUACCAGCAGUUUCAUGUGGUACUCAUGACAUGGGAUGAGGCACAGGGCUGGGCGGCAGUGAAACAGCUCCACACCAAGGGCCUGAAUCCCCGCUUCCACCUUCUGGACAUCAACGACCUUCAGAGCAUCCAUGCCCUGCGUCACUUCGAGUACAGGGACCUAGAUGAGCUGGUCAACAAUGCAGGCAUCACAUUCAAGGCUGGUGAUCCCACACCCUUUCAUAUUCAAGCAGAAGUGACCAUGAAAACACACUUCUUUGGUACCCGAGAUGUGUGCACAGAACUCCUGCCUCUAAUGAAACCCCAAGACAGAGUGGUGAAUGUGUCUAGGAUAAUAAGCCUCAUAGCCCUUAAAAAGUGCAACCCAGACCUGCAGCAGAAGUUUAUAAUUAAGACCAUCACAGAGGAGGAACUGGUGGGGCUCAUGAACAAGUUCGUGGAAGACACGAAGAAACGUGUGCACAGGAAGGAGGGCUGGCCUGAUACUCCCUAUGGAGUGACAAAAAGUGUCAUGGUCCUCUCCAGAAUCCAUGCUAGGAAAGUGAGUGAGCAGAGGAAAGGGGACAAGAUCCUCUUGAAAGCCUGCUGCCCUGGGUGGGUGAGAACAGACAUGGCAGGACCUAAAGCCUCUAAAAGCCCAGAAGAAGGAGCAGAGACCCCUGUCUACUUGGCCCUUCUGCCCUCAGAUGCUGAGGGACCUCAUGGGGUGUUUGUUAUAGAGAAGAAAGUUGAACAAUGGGGUCCCCUCUAUCAGUUACCUUCAUGGCUCCCAUCUCAAAUCCCAUCAUGA